AUGGUCCCAAAUACAACCGAGGUGCUCCUGCCAGCAUCACCAUUCUAUGCCAAAUCCUUUGUUCUGCUAGUGUUUCUAUGCAUUGUUCUCUCCUACUAUUUUAAGGAGUCCUCUCCACCCGCAUCUGAUAAUGUCGAUACCGACGAGACGAAAGCUGCCACAAAGCAACUCAAUGGAGAAUCCUCUCUCUUUACAAAGUUCAAAUUGAACUACCUCGUCGUAUACGCCAUUGUCAUAUUGUCUGACUGGUUACAAGGACCUUAUAUUUAUGCACUGUACAGAUCUUAUGGUUACGAUUUGAACGACAUUGCCAUUCUCUUCAUUGUGGGGUUCUUGUCCUCGGCCGUCUUUGGAACUCUGGUUGGAUCUGUUGCUGACCGAUUUGGUCGAAAGAGACUAUGUCUGGUCUUUUGUGUCCUGUACACGAUAUCUUGCUUGACCAAACUAUCAUCUACUUAUACCGUUCUAUUGUUUGGACGUCUUACUGGUGGUAUUAGCACAUCGUUGCUCUUCUCAGUGUUUGAAGCUUGGAUGGUGUCAGAGCACUUUUCACGAGGCUUCUCUUCCAACUUAUUGGGAGACAUCUUUUCAUGGUCCACAUUUGUCAAUGGUCUUGUAGCCAUCAUAUCAGGUCUCAUUGCCAACUUUGUCGUUCCAAUCGGUGGAUUUGUAGCACCAUUCAUGGUAGCCGUUGUGUGUUUACUCGUGGGUGCAGUGGUCAUAGCCUCCUCAUGGAAUGAAAAUUACGGAGAGAAGCAAGCAAAUGCUCAGCACAUGACUAUAAUGGAUGCCGUUAAAGUUAUACGCGAAGACUUCAACAUAUUGGCGAUUGGAACCAUUCAAUCACUGUUUGAGAGUGCUAUGUACAGCUUUGUGUUCCUUUAUCCCCCUGUGUUGGAAGCCGCUGCCGGCAAAAAUGUUGAUCUACCGUAUGGAUUUAUAUUCGCAUCCUUCAUGGUAGCCAUUAUGAUUGGUUCUGUGAUAUUCAGAGCCAUGUUGAGUGCGGGUUAUACACAUGAGGAGAUCGCAAGGGCGACGCUGGCAGUCGCAUGUGUUUCUUUCCUCAUUCCAGUAGUAGUUCCCGAUAAUCAGUUUGUUCUAUUCUGGUCGUUCUGUUCCUUUGAACUCUGUUGUGGGUUAUACUUCCCAACGCUUGGAACUUUGCGAGGGAAACUAAUACCUGAAGAGAUUCGUGCUACCGUAAUGAACGUCUUUAGAGUACCAUUAAACUUGAUUGUAGUGGUAGUAUUGUUGAAGGUGGACUCGCUACCAAAGUCUACACUCUUCACCGUGUGCUCGAUUUUAAUGGGUGUUGCAUUUUACUUUGCUUCUAAAGUCAACUCGAAUGGUGGCAAAGACGUGCCUUCUGGGACCGAUCAAAACUCGUCGUUAACGGCAAUAGCAGCAUCAUGGGGCAACUCAGCAACGGCCUAUCCCACCGAUACAGGAGCAAUAGCAAUGAUGACUUGGUCUACAUCCCUCAUCUUUAUACAAAUAAUGGGUCUUGCCUUGUACCAUUCAGGACUCGCUCGCACCAAAAACACACUCACCGUCAUGGCCAUGACCAUACUCGCCGUAUGCACAGUACUCGUACAAUGGACUCUCUUUGGAUUCUCCCUAGCAUAUUCCGAAACGGGUUCCCAAUUCGGUGGUAACUGUGCCAUGUGUGGAUUGGCUAAUGUUGGUGCCAACGCUUUAAUAUACACUGCUCCUGCUGUCCCAUCUGUGACAUUCUACUUGCAACAAGGAAUGGUUGCUGCUUUGGCAGUUUCUAUUGUCUUUGGUGCUGUUGCUGAACGGAUUAGGUUGGUUCCUGGUAUUAUAUUUGUGGUUAUUUGGACUACAGCUGUAUAUGAUGUCGCUGCUUACUGGACAUGGGCACAUAAUGGGUGGUUGAGAAAUAUUGGAACUGGGAUUUAUGAUUUGGCUGGUGGAGGACCAGUUAAUAUCGCUGCUGGAUUCUCGGCUCUUGCCUUCUUAUUGGUAGUUGGUAGAUUCCGCCGUGCUGAAGUUGUGCGUCCUUCCAACUUGGUCAACGUAAUGAUUGGUACCGGCUUGGCCACAUUCGGAUGGUUUGGUCUCACAACAGGCUCUCUCGGUGCAAUGACAACCCGUGCAUCCGUCGCUUUUGCAUCCACCGCACUAGCAGCGUCCUCAAGUGCACUCUCCUGGACUAUCGCAUCAUACAUGGCCCACGGUCGCGUAUCAGCCUCAGCACUCUGCCAGGGCCUCAUAGCUGGUCUCGUAGCAAUCACACCUGGAUCAUCAUUCAUGGCACCAUGGGCAGCAAUUCUAGUCGGAAUCUCGUCUGGGUUCUUUAUCCAAUUCCUGACCAAGAUUAAAUACUUGUUGGGAAUUGAAGAUCAUGCAGACGUAUUUGCUAUAUAUGGGUUGGGUGGUAUAUGGGGUAUGCUUAUGGCUGGUAUAUUCUCUCAGACCAGUGUAAUUGGAUUAGACAAUUCUGGACAAGUGGGUGGUUGGAUGGACCAACACUUUGUUCAAGUAUUAUACCAAUUUGUCGGUAGUAUGGUAAUUGCUGCUUGGGCAUUUGCCAUCACGUUUGUGAGUUUGACCGUAUUGGCUUUCAUGCCUGGUACUCACUUGCGUCCAUCUGACGAAGAGGAAUACCGUGGUAGUGACCUCUCUGAAUUGGGUGAAUAUGCAUAUGACAUCCUCCCAGCAAACGCCUACGAAUCCGCAUACGACGAACCCCGCUCAGCAUCCACAAAAUCAUCAAAAGCCUCUCUAUCCAGAUCAUUCAGCAUGCCAUCAUACGACAUGAAAACCAUAGACCGCAAAGGAUCGGAACUUGACCGUGUAUCCUUCGACCGAUUCUCUCUCACCUCAUCAUUGGCUCCAGCUGCUUCUUCAUCGUCUUUCGGUCUGGGACGUAGUAAAUCUUUAGAUAGAUCCACAUUUGCAUUGAAUGACAACAGUGGUCGUGACGUCAAAUCCUUUGAUAUAAAAUCAAACAAUGCUGGAAACAGUAAUGGUCGCUUGUCUAUUGAUACUCGUGGAAGACCAUCUACUCUUGGAAGUUCUGCUGGCAGACGUAUGUUGACCAAGAAUGGGCCACCACCUGCAAGGUCGCAACGAUUAUCGUUGAGAUUGGCCACUGAAGAAAGCUCAAAGACUCCAAUAUCAAAGUAA